CAGGUGGCCGACGUCCGCCCCAUGGUCCAGCAGCAGCAGGCCCCAGCGGUCGGCCAAUACCGCCAGCCAGGCAUGCAGCCGGGCGGCUACGGCGGCCAGCAUGCGGGUGCAGGCAUGGCACCGGCGCCAGCCCCUGGCGCUGGCGCGCCCGCGCCCCGCAUGGGCGGCAUGGGCGGCUACCCCGCCCCUGGCGGCGUGCCAGCGGCGCCGAUGCCGGCGCCCGGGCCGACCCCCGGCGUGCCAGGCUUUGGGGGCGCCUCGCAUUUCGGAGGCGCAGCACCAGGCAUGGGCGCGGCUCCAGGCAUGGGCGCGGCACCGGCGCCAGCUCCGCAAGCCCCGGCGCCAAUGCCGGCAAACUUGGGGCCAGCCCCCCGCAUGCCUUCCGGCAUGCCAGGCCCAGGGAUGCCGCCCAUGCCAGGUGGCGGCGGCGGCAUGGCGCCAGGGGCGCCCGGAAUGGCAGGCCAGGGCGCUCCCGGCGCCCCGGGCAUGCCGGGCAUGCCGGGCAUGCCUCCGAGGCCCGCCGCCCCUGGUGGGACGAUGCCGCCAGGCCCGCGACCGGCGGUGGGCGGCGGCUUCGGCGCCCCGUCGCCACACGGCGGCUUCGGCGGAGCGUCGCCUCAGGGCGGUGGUGUCAUGGCACCGGGCUACGCGGCCGCGCCUGCGCAGGCGAGGAGGCGCGCUGGGGAAGCAGGCGCAGGCCCCAGCCGCCACCGGGCCGCCCGCCUACGGCAAGGCGAGCACGGCGCCGACGGCAUCGGCCGCGCCGGUCAUAGAGGGCAUGCCCACACCCUGGCCGCUGCCAUCGUCGACGCAGCAGCUUGGCUCCACCACCAAGUCCGUGGCGGCAGCCAACAAGGCCGUGCAGCAGGGAUCCCUCGGCAGCGGCCAGGUUCCCCUGGGCGAUCCCAUGCCGGCUCACGAGCUGUCCCACGUGCAGGGCGUGCUGAGCAUGCUGCUAGAGGCCAGCGCGCAGGACGGCAACGCCAAGAAGCGCGAGGACAUCGCCAAGAGACUGGAGAUUCUAUACUCCAGAUUGUCGAGCGGUCAGAUGAAGAACUCAACGUCUCAGAAGGUG